AUGACAUCCUAUGAAGCUGCUGUGGAUAUCUUGCAGAAGACGGCUACGGAGCUACAAGUGUUGAACGAACGGAAUGGAAACAAGAUAUGGGAAGAGGUAUAUCUGGUGGAUGCCGUAGGCCGCGUAGCUGCCGCCGAAGUCGUCAGCCCAACUGCGACGCCCACGUUCGACACAUCAGCCAUGGAUGGGUACGCAGUCUGCUCUGAGGCCACCAUGCUUGCAUCCCCGGAGAAACCUGUGCUGCUGAAAGUAUUCGGAACAAUCGCCGCGGGUGACGAGCCUACGGAAUUGGACGAGGGCAUAUUUCGAGGUUCGGCAGAGCCAUGCCUGGAAAUCAUGACCGGCGGCAUCUUCCCUAAAGUCACUGGCACGAAGAAACGGUUCGACGCAUGCGUGCGCAUCGAAGACACUGCCGUGGUGUCUGCCGCCAACAAAACAGAACGGGCGGUCAUGAUCACGAAGCCGGUGCCGACAAACGCAAAUCGUAGGCCCGCCGGCUGCGAUAUCCAACUCGAGGAGCGCAUCAUCAAAAAGGGUGACACCAUCAGCUCUUCGCACAUCAUGCCAUUGGCAUCAGUUGGGAUAUCCAAGGUCCAGGUCUUCAAGAAGCCGCGCGUCGCAGUAUGGUCAACGGGAAAAGAAUUGGUGGCGGGAAAUGCCAGUAGCAUUCCGGACGUCAACGGGCCAUUCCUGAUGGCUGCGCUCCGGGAAGCAAGCGCCGAGCCAGCGUUCCUCGGGACUCUGCACGACAGUGAAGAUUCCGUCAGAGAAGCGCUGCAAGAAACCAUCGAUGGGGAACUAUUCGACAUGAUUCUCACAACAGGCGGCGUUUCUGUUGGGAAGUUCGACUUCGUGGCUUCGUCUUUAAGCGAUCUCGGUGCUACGACUCAUUUCCACGGCGUGGCUAUGAGACCGGGACAUCCAGUCCUCUUCGCUCAGGUCCCGGGAAGGUCCCGCAAUCUGCCAGUUUUUGGGCUCCCUGGGAAUCCCGGUGCUACGGCAGCGUGUUUUCGGUUCCUCGUGGCUCCGUUCCUCAGGUCUUGGCAACAUCAGACCCCCGAGAUACCCAUCAUUGUAAAGAGCCUUACAGAGACAUCAACAGCCGGCCUUGGACGGAAAGUGGCAUCGCCGGGUAUCCCCCCAACGACGUUUUUCCGACACGGAACCAUUCGCCAAAGCCAAGACGGAAACAUGGUAGUUGAACUCAGCAAGCAGCAGAGUCCCGCGAAACUGGGGCCGUUCAUCGGUGCCAACUGUUGGGUUCAGCUAGGAGGUCACUCGCAAGGCCCACACAAUAUCGUACAUUACGCCGCUUCCUUCGGCGCCUCGACGGAGACCGGUUCCUGCGGCCCCAGCUUCAUUUCCUCCACGGCCUUCACCCACUCCUCCAUCGUGUUCACAUUCGUCAGCCACCACUCGCAGCCCGGCGGCGUGUCCAACAUCAACCCGUCCAGCUCCUUGGCCGCCGCCGCCGGACUCGCAUGCCCACGUGCCACGCGCUCCGACAGCCGGGAGAGCGCAGCUGGCGCCCAGAUGGCCAGUAACGGCUCGCAGAAGCCCUCGCUUGAGCGGUAG